AUGCGAUGUAUCCAUCCGAUUCCCUCAUAUGUAGUUGCGAGCAUAGGUCUUUCGAACCAAGCAGCUUGGACGUGGGGUGCACAUGGCGAUCGAACAAAUAUUUGGGUGAGUGGAUUUGAGCUUGUCCUGCUCGAGCUUAGAAAUGUCAUCCACUCGCUGAUCGAAUUCCAAGACUACAUAUAUUUUCCACUUGAAGUUAUGGCUGUAUCUUUGAUAUGGAAGCCGCCCCCAUUCGUUACUGGUCGCAUACCCUGCUACGUUAAAGGAUACACAAGGAGGUUCGCACAAUUCUCACAUGACCAUCGCGGGACUACCGAAAACCCGGGCGUAGUGGUGACUCUGGUACCGGAUUCCGAAUGGCUUGAACUAACAAGUGCUGAUAAAUAUCCUUCAAGAUUGGUGUGGGGAGUAAUGUAUACUAUCGAUCCUAGUCAUGCCGAAGAAGUGCAAGCUUAUCUGGAUGAACGCGAGAAGGAUGGGUACGAGUUGAUGGAAGUAGAUGUGUUUGUUAUCAAGGACGGUCGAGAACAAUGUCAUGGGAAGUCGAGUAUUUAUGUGGGUCAUGUUACAAACCCCAGUUUCUGCAGACUAACCAAGAUGGAGGAACUAGCCUCUCGAAUCCAUAAGAGCGUCGGACCCUCUGGUCCAAACAAGGAGUAUCUCUAUCAUUUGAAACAAGAAGUUGAGGCCUUGUGUCCAGAAGCAAAUGAUCCAUACCUCAGAGAUCUUGAAGGCUUAGUCAAGCAGCUAGAUCAGACAUCCUCCCUAGCAUGA